UCAUCCAGCAUUCAUAUCGGCGGCAUGGAGAACCCGGAGAAGGAGAUGUGUAUGACCCUGGGCUACCUGGAGCCCUUCCAGCACUUCGCCACCGAGGCCAUCCACAGCGGGCAGGAGCCGGAGCAAUGGACCUCCAUGGCGGUGGUGCCCCCGAUCUCCCUGUCCACCACCUUCACUCAUAGUUCUGAAGGUUUUGUUUCCACUCUACCUAUGUAGGGCUAUGAAUACAGCCGCAGCGGAAAUCCUACAAGGAACUGCCUGGAAAAAGCUGUCGCCGCCUUGGAUGGUGCCAAAUACUGUCUAGCCUAUGCCUCUGGUUUGGCUGCAACUCUCAACAUUGUUCACCUACUGAAAGCUGGAGACCAGGUCAUCUGUACAAGUGAUGUAUAUGGAGGCACAAACCGAUACUUUAGAAGAAUUGCGACUGAAAUGGGUGUGAAAGUGGCAUUUGUUGACUGCUCAGACCUGAAGUGUCUGGAGGCUGCAAUUACAACAGAAACAAAGCUCGUGUGGCUGGAAACCCCCACAAACCCAACGCUGACUGUGAUCGACAUUCAAGGGUGCGCCGACGUUGUCCACAAACAUCCAGAUGUCCUCCUGGCUGUAGACAACACUUUUAUGUCUGCAUAUUUCCAGCGCCCCCUGGCCUUGGGUGCAGACAUCUGUAUGUAUUCAGCAACUAAAUACAUGAACGGUCAUAGUGAUGUUGUCAUGGGCUUGAUUUCUGUAAAUUGUGACAAGCUCUACGAGAAACUAAAAUUCCUCCAGAAUGCACUUGGCGCCAUUCCGUCCCCGUUUGAUUGCUACCUCUGUAACCGUGGCCUGAAGACAUUACAUUUGCGAAUGAGGCAGCAUUUCCACAACGGGCUGGCUGUAGCCAUGUUUCUGGAGAAAGACCCUCGUGUUGACAAAAUCAUAUUCCCAGGACUGCCAUCACACCCACAAUACGAGAUCACCAAGCGUCAGUGCACCGGUGUACCUGGUAUGAUCACAUUCUAUAUUAAAGGCAACUUGGAACAUGCCAAGAUAUUCCUCAAGAGUGUGAAGGUCUUUGCUCUGGCCGAAAGUCUUGGUGGAUAUGAAAGUUUGGCAGAGCAUCCAGCGAUAAUGACACAUGCCUCUGUCCCAGAAGAAGAUCGGGUCCUCCUCAAUAUCAAUGACUGCCUCAUCCGCCUCUCUGUUGGCUUAGAAGACACAGAAGACCUAAUUGAAGACUUGGAUCAGGCAUUGAAAGCUGCACACCCAGGCCUUGUAAACCCUCUCAAGGUGGAUGAACUCCUGAAGAAUAUGAAGUACAAUUGUUAAACAUGAAAACUUUCACAUUCUUGAACAGUUUUGAUUCGCUCACAGUGAACCAGUCAUAAUUGGCCUUUUGCAAGGGUCCUAAAUUAUUCUAAUUCUAAAGACUUACUGUUUGAAA